AUGUGCUUGAAGGAGUCGGCCCGGGAGCAGAAUUUUGGAGUCCGUUUCCUCCAUGUGUUUCUCCAGAAUGGAAGACCAGUGGCCAAGUUGGGCUGCAGCGGCAUUCAUGUUUUGACUGCAGCUGCUCCACAAAAUAUCAGGAACAAUAGCUUGGUGCCAAUUAUAGUGAGAUAUGCAUUGCCAUCUCGUGACAAUGACCGUCUCUGUAUCAUUGAAAUAGAUGUUGCUAAUGGAACUGCUAAUCGGCAGCAGAAAUAUAUGGAUCAGCCUGUGUCAGAGGUGGUGUUCGGCCCCACAUUCCUUGGUGGCGUUCCAUCCCUCUCAGAGAUGCACCACAACAUUGGGAAUGUCUCUGGCUUCAUUGGCUGCAUACAUGAACUGCAGAUGGGCUCCAAAGAGCUGUAUGUGGUAGGGGAAGCAAUCAGAGGCCAAAAUAUUCAGAACUGUGACGCUGCAGCCUGCCAGCACCAACCCUGCCGUAAUGGAGGAACCUGUAGCAGCGAUGCGGAGAGCUGGUUCUGCGCGUGUCCUUCGCUUUACUCCGGUAAGCUGUGCCAGUUCACCGCCUGCGAGCGAAACCCGUGUGCGCUCGGCGCCACCUGCGUUCCCCAGACGCGGCUCGAAGCAGUGUGUCUUUGCCCCUAUGGAAGGCAGGGUCUCCUCUGCGAUGAGGCUGUCAACAUCACUCGUCCCAGGUUUAGUGGACUUGAUGAAUUUGGAUACUCAUCCUAUGUGGCUUAUCCUUCUAUUCCCAGUAUCGGUCAUUUUUAUGAAUUCCACCUGAAGCUCACCUUUGCCAAUAAUGUCUCCGCUUUGAGAAACAACCUCAUUCUCUUUUCUGGGCAAAAGGGACAAGGCAUCAGUGGUGAUGACUUCUUCGCAUUGGGGGUGCGGAACGGCAGGCUUGUUCAUAAAUAUAAUCUCGGCUCGGGUUUGGCAACAAUUAUCAGCGAGCGCCUGAAUCCGAGGAUCAACAUUCACAUGGUGCACUUUGGAAGACAUCUGAAAAACGGAUGGUUGAAGGUUGAUGGGCAGAAGAGGAGGAUGGGUUCAUCCCCUGGACCACUGGUGGGCUUAAACACCUUUAGUCGACUUUAUGUGGGUGGAUGUGAAGAAUACACACCUGAGCUAUUGCCUGCAGGCUCUCGAUUCCAGAACAGCUUUCAAGGCUGCAUUUUUGAUUUGCUGUUUCGGACGAGACAAGAUGGGAAGUUUCAUCCUCCAGGAGGGUCAGAGGGCAGGCCAGUGUCAGGACGUAAUGUGGGGCAGUGUGGUGUUAAUCUGUGCAGCUUGGUCAUCUGCAAGAACGGAGGCACUUGUGUGGACUCUGGAUCCUCUGUGUACUGUCAGUGUGUGUUAGGAUGGAAAGGUGCUCUUUGCUCAGAGAAAGUGUCGUUCUGUGAUGCUGAGCACAUCCCACCACCCUCCUGCGCUCGCGGUGCCCCCUGUGUGCCCCUUCCUGAUGGAUACACAUGCCAGUGCCCCCUAGGCUCUGCUGGACUCUUCUGCCAGCAAGCUGUAUCUAUCAGUGAUCCCUUCUUCAGUGGAAAUCAAUCGUCUUGGAUGUCAUUUCGUCCCAUCAACAUAAGGCACAGAACUCAUCUGCAACUGCAGUUUCAAACUCUUUCACCGGAGGGCAUCCUGUUCUACGCCGCACACUACUUGAGCAGUCGGUCCGGUGAUUUCCUCAGCGUAUCCCUGUCAGCUGGAUUUGUGCAGCUCCGCUAUAAUCUGGGAAACGAAACUAUUGUAUUACAGUCUCCAAAAAGUGUAGAUGUGACCGGCAUGAGGUGGCACACAGUGAAGGCUGGUAGAGAAGGCAACCAUGGUUUUCUGAUUCUAGACUAUGAAGCCGUGACCAGGAACUCUUCGGAGGGCACGACCACUCUAGAUGUUGGCACAAAUAUUUUCAUUGGUGGCGUGUCCUCCCUGAACACACUGUCCCCAGAUGCUAUGGAGAAGGAGCCAGUGGGAUUCACCGGCGGCAUUCGAGAGGUCAUAGUCAACGGGCAGGACCUUGAGCUCACAGAGACGGGCGCACUGGAUGGAGCCAAUGUUGGCGACUGGGACGGGACAGCAUGUGGAUAUAAGGGGACGGUUUGAUCCUUUGGAUGGGGAAAGCACACAGUGGAGACAAUGACCAUCUAGCGGUUGGGCUGCAG